AUGCUGCUGCUCAGUCUGACCCUUAGCCUGGUCUUUCUCGGCUCCUCCUGGGGGCCCAGGGGAAGAAGGUGGGGAAAGGUAGGCUGGGGUGUGGAGAGCAGAUCCUCACUAGCCCUAUGGCCAGGUUGUGGCGUUCCUGCCAUCAAACCAGCACUGAGCUUCAGCCAGAGGAUUGUCAACGGGGAAAAUGCAGUACCAGGCUCUUGGCCCUGGCAGGUGUCCCUGCAGGAUAGCAGUGGCUUCCAUUUCUGUGGUGGCUCUCUAAUCAGCCAGUCCUGGGUGGUCACUGCCGCCCACUGCAAUGUCAGCCCUGGCCGCCACUUUGUCGUCCUGGGUGAGUAUGACCGAUCAUCCAGUGCUGAGCCUGUGCAGGUUCUGUCCAUCUCAAGGGCCAUCACACACCCCAACUGGAACCCCACCACUAUGAACAAUGACCUGACGCUACUGAAGCUCGCCUCACCAGCCCAGUACACCACACGCAUCUCUCCAGUUUGCCUGGCAUCCUCGAAUGAGGUGCUGACUGCAGGCCUCACAUGUGUUACCACUGGCUGGGGCCGUCUCAGUGGCGUGGGCAAUGUGACACCAGCACGUCUGCAGCAAGUGGCUCUGCCCCUGGUCACCGUCAAUCAGUGCCAGCAGUAUUGGGGCUCACGUAUCACUGACUCCAUGAUCUGUGCAGGUGGCUCAGGUGCCUCCUCCUGCCAGGGUGACUCUGGAGGCCCUCUUGUCUGCCAGAAGGGAAAUACAUGGGUGCUUAUUGGUGUUGUGUCCUGGGGCACCAGUGAUUGCAAUGUGCGUGCACCUGCCAUGUACACACGGGUCAGCAAGUUCAGCACCUGGAUCAACCAGGUCAUAGCCUACAACUGAGCCCACCAUAGGGACCCUCCUCAUCUCAAUCUAAUAAAGACCCCAGGCUCUGUCCUCUCAUGUAUUCUUGUCUAUCUCUUGGCUUGGGGAAAGGAGAGACUGUUGAAGGUCCCUACUCCUACCCUGGACUUUGUCUUCUGGCAUGGAAGGAGUGAGGAGUCAGGCUCUUCCUAGAGCAGCCAUGCCCAGGUCAGGGCCCCCAACUCUCCUUCUCUGGGGCAACCCCUUCAUGCUAUAGCAAGGAGCCAGGGCUGCUGGAAUGAAUAGGCAGCCUUCCCUGGGGAGGGCAGCCUGUUUAUUGGAUACAGAGGAUACAUUUACAACUGAGUACACAAAAUAAAUAACUGCACAUUCUUCAUCCA